UCCCCAAGUAGCCUGGAACGUUUUAAAGCCGACGAGCUUGGUUCCGAUGGAGGUGACAACAAAGCUGGUGGAUCUUACCCCACUCCAGGAAGUCGGUGACGUGCUUCUCCCUCCUGAGGGAACAGUUGGAGCACUCGCUGUGCACGCAGAUGAGAAGGUCCAGCAGGGUCUCCACGCUCAAACAUUCCGACAUCUUGCGCUCCAGCAGCAUCUCCUCGAGCCGCUUCAGGCGGACUUGGGCGGACAUUCUCACGCCUUUAAGCCUCCUUUUUAGGCUCUCGUUCGCUGCUAAGCUCCGCUAGCCGCCUUCUCCCUAGCUUCGCGAAAACAUUCCCGACAGUGCGGCGUCUUCGUGGCUCACCAACGGUACCGUCAGUCCGUCGUGUGUCGACCUGUUCAACCGACGGGCCCGCGCCGGAGUGUGCUUUAAUCCCACCACAAAUCUGGACUUUUCCUUGCCCCGAUGUCGCCUCACGUUAGCCGCCGCUGCUGCAUGUUGGCCAGCGGCCUAAAAGCUCGGGACCCCGCCCGGCUCCAACGGGACCGAGUCACUUAAGUCGACAGCGCCCCUGGACACCGCGGGAGAGCGUGCUGGUCGGUUUAGGUCCGUUUUUUUCGGUGCUUUCCAGGCGGACCACCGGUGUGGUUGAUCAGCGGGAAUAUGGCUGAAUCCAGGACGACUUGGCUCCUCCAGGACAAGAUGACGAUACUUCAAACCACUUCCGAUAAGAAGCAACGACUCCCGGAAAUUGGCCCCUGUGAACGACAAAUUUUGAUGAAUCAAACUGGAAGCCCCGCCUUCUCUUUUUUUUGUUUUUAAUGUUUAUUUAUACAUUUCAACAAUUACAAACAGAGCCAGGAGGGGACGAGAACAGACGCGUGUGUCGUCACGGUGGUGACGUCAUCCGACCGCUCAGCUGGCAACAAACGGCUUUUGACAACUGAUAAACAGUAAAUGGUCACAAUUCACAGACAGAAAAACAAAAGUUUCUUGUGAACCUCUUCAUUUCAUUUCUGGCUGUCCUGGAUGUGAGAAUAACAACAAUAUCAGAUAACUUCAAAGGGGUAGAAUGAAAGAUAAAAGGAGAUCAAACACAUCUCCAUUUCGAUUGUUACAGGACAUAAUGCAAAUCAACCAGCUUUGACAGGGCCUCUAUUUUUGUUCUUGUUUGUCAUCUAGUGGCCACUCAGCAGAACUACAUGUGUCAUCAUGGCGGACGAGAAAGUAAACAACACAAAAAAGAAGAGCAGCACAGACAAACAAAAACGUUUCUCAGAAACACUUAGCGCACGCACGAACAGAUUGGAAAUAUCAAUUAUUUAUCCAAACCACAAAAUCUGAGUUUUUCGUAACUUCCUGAAAAAAAACACACACACAAAACACUUCUAACUUUCUGUAAGAACAAAAAAACUUUCUGGUUUAAUUCUUUAGGCAGCACGGUGGGCGUGGCCAUGCUGAAGCAGGUGGAGCCUGGAGAUUUGGUAGCUUCUUGUGAGGCUGAUUAGCAUUAAGAAGAUUUGGAGCACAUGACGGCUGCUGAACUUCUACUCAGAUUUAGUAUUUGCUCCUUAGUCCCGUCGUGAAGACCGGUGUUCUGCUGCUGGACGGGACCUUUCAACUGACGUUCUCUACAGGAACAGAUCUUCCAGCUCAACAACCAUGAAAAUAAAUGUGAGCUGAAGACAAUAUUGGCAGGAAAAUUGGACAUGAUACCUUUAGAGGUGAUUGUUUGGAAAAUGUAUUCUGAUCAUUUACUAUUAUAUUUACAAUUCAAUUAUUUACUUUUUGACCAGCCAAACUUUCCCUUUCUCUCUCUAACAUAGGCCACAUCCUGCUUGCGUGACGAAACAUCACCUUGAAACACUUGUUAAGCUUCUUAGGAGAGGAGCAAACACCACACCUUUGCUACAGAUGGACAUAUGACGUUCUUGUAUCAUGUAUGACCUCGCUCACGUAUGACCUCGCUCACGUAUGACCUCGCUCACGUAUGACCUUGCUCACAUAUGACCUCGCUCACGUAUGACCUCGCUCAGGUAUGACCUAGCUUACGUAUGACGCCCAAGUACAACGCAUGACGCUCAAAUUUGAUGCUUAAGUAUAAAACAUCAGUAUGAUGCAUAAAUAUAACACAUAAGUAUAACCUAUGAUGCUUAAGUAUGAUGUAUGACGCUCAUUUACAACUAAUGCUUAAAUGUUAUGCCUACGUAUGUGGCUUAAGUGUGAUGCUCAAAUGGUAAAUGGUACAUGGUUGUACUUGUAUAGCGCUUUUCUACCCCUUUUUAAGGAGCCCAAAGUGCUUUGACAGUAUUUCCACAUUCACCCAUUUACACACUGAUGGCGGGAGCUGCCAUGCAAGGCGCUAACAAGUCAAGUAUAAUGUAUGAUGUUUAAGUGUAAUGUAUGAUGCUCAAGUAUGGCACUUAAGUAUGGCACUUAAGUAUAACGAAUGACACAUAAGUAUAAUGAAUGGCGCUCAAGUAUAACAUAUGACGCUCAGUUACAACGUAUGAUGCUAAAGCAUAAUGUGACACUCAAGUGUAACGUCUGACGCUCAAGUAUGACGCGUAAGUGUAAUGUAUGAUGCUCAAGUAUGGUGCUUAAGUAUAACGUAUGACACUUAAGUAUGAUGCUUAAGUUUAAUAUGACACUCAAGUAUACUGUAUGACACUUGAGCAUAACGGUAUGCUGCUCAAGUAUAGUGCAUGACACUUUAAGGGGCUGUUUGCAACUUGCUCACAGUUACAUUUUUCAAGGUAAAAAACAUAACAAGAACAACAUUGGCUAACUUGUGUCACCAUUAGUGGUUUACAAGCACAUGUUUGUUUUACAAAUGUCUAUGGUUUUCUCAAUUACUAAGUAUAUGUAAUAAAAAAAAGAGAAAAUAUGUUGUAUUUACGGCAGUCACUCACCAUGUCUCGUCAAGAAGUACUCGCAGAAAGUGCGUGCACACAUACUUAAACAGUCCAAUAGAAGCAACUAAUAAUUUGAAGUUAUGUUGUUAUGAUAAAAUAUACAUUCAUUGACCACUAACGCUAGCUAUCCAAAUUGCAUUUAUUAGCUAAAAUCAGCCAAAGCAAAUGCGCGUGCAUGUGUUACGUACGCAUGGAAUUAAGUCAUUACAUACGAGGAGUGUGUAAAAUACAUUGGAAAGUUAGCGCCUCUAGGCAUCUGUGUAAAUGUUGCAAACAGCCCCUUUUAAGUAUAACAUAUGAUGCUCAAGUAUGACACUUAAGUAUCACGCUCAAAUAUAAGGUAAUGACGCUCAAGUGUAGUGUAUGACGCUCAAGUAUAACAUAUGAUGCUCACGUAUGACACUCAAGUAUAACAUAUGAUGCUUAAAUAUACCAUAUGAUGCUCACGUAUGAAGCUCACAGAUGGAGGUUACUCACUGUUGUAGUUUUAUGUUGGAAGUUGAAUCAAUUAUGAUCAGCUGGGUGGAGCUAACAAUACUAAGGUGGAAUUUGAUUGGAGCAGACAGUCUGCCAAAAACCACCCCAUCGUGCCCUCGACUUACAAACUGAUGAUGCUGUUGCUGAGUUGCAAGGUUCCCUGUCAGAGAACCAAGAUGGAUGCCAGAACAGCGUGUGGCUGCUGGGCCCGCUGGUGACUGUGCACAUGUGAUCCAAACAUCAUGGCGGUCUGCAAAGUGACCUUCAGCAAGGCAGAGAGAGAGAAGCUCGCUGAGAUCCUCUGCUUGCUGAACUGGGUUUCGGUUGUGACCGGCGCUGCCCUCUUUUGGGUGGGCUUGUUCCUGAAAGUGGAGCUCCAAAAAUGGCAGGAAGUGAUGUCGGACCAAGACGUCUUCCAUGUACCACACAUUUUGAUCGCCACGGGCCUGGCGGCCUGCGGCAUUAACUUCCUGGGUGGCAAGAUCUGUCUGGACUGUGCUAACAGCAAGAAGUUCUUGCGCUGGAAGCUGGUCAUGAUGCCCUAUGUGGCCUGCACCUUCUUCUUCACAUUCUGCGUCCUGGUGGGGGCGCUAAUGUGCUACAGUGUGGGCGACCAGCUGCAGGAGUCGCUCUUCCUGGGACUGCGGCACGCCAUGCGCCACUACAAGGACACUGACACACCUGGUCGCUGCUAUCUGAAGAACACCCUGGACUUGCUCCAGAUCCAGUUCCAGUGCUGCGGAAACUCAGGAUACCGGGACUGGUUUCAGGUCCAGUGGAUCAGUAACCGCUACCUGAAUAUGAGCAGCAGCAGCGUAAGAAAACGUCUAAGGAGUAAUGUGGAAGGGAAGUACUUAAUGGACGGUGUUCCGUUCAGCUGUUGCAGUACUUUCUCUCCUCGCCCGUGCAUCCAACAGCAGGUCAGCAACAGCUCUGCCCACUUCAACUACGGCCCACAGAGUCAGCAACAGAACCUGUGGGGAGGGGGCUGCCGGCAAGCCUUGCUGGACCACUAUACCGGCAUCAUGCAGUCCAUAGGCGUCGGCGUGCUGCUCAUCUGGUUAUUUGAGCUUUUGGUUCUGACUGGGGUCCGUUUCCUGCAGACGGCCAUGGAAAAUGUUCUCCUUCAGGAGGAUUCCAACUCGGAGGUGGCUGGCUGGAUUCUGGAGAAUAGCCUGGCAGAAACAGCCAGAUCCAAUAUAAAGAUAAUCAAAAGCUUGGGGAAGUGUUACCAGGUGGACGACGACCCCAACCUGAAUGUCUCUACGGGGUCGCCGUCUGCCUUUCAGGGCCAGAUGCCAGGUGGACCGACAUGAAGUGGACCCCGGAGAGAUCUACAACUGACCUCCGACCCUUCCAUGAAGCAGCCAAAUGGUCGAAUGGAUCGAGUCAAACACAAGUGACCUUGUAACCUCUUUGACAAUGAUAUCGCUCACCUGCUCGUCGGUCAAUUAUUUUCAUCCAUUUAUCUUAGCCUAGUUUAAGCCAACCUUUUUUGUUGAAAAAACAUUGUGAAUGUAACUCAUAUGUCAUUUCCCUGCAAAUAAAAAAUGCCGAUUGUGAUUC